AAAUCAAUCGUAAAUCCAGAUUCUGGGAUCCACUUGCAGGUGAACGCAUCCGUCAGACAGACAGACAGACAGACGAACAAAAGACCCCUGCACAGGUGGGCAGCUCCUCCCACCCUCUCCUUCAACAUGCUUGCCAUCGUUUAUUCUUCGGCUCUCUUCAUCGCGCAAUGUUCAACAUGGACAAUAACUCCCGGGAUUGGUCAUUGCGCUCGAUUCGCUUCGAUACCUAAGAACAACUUCGGCAUCGCCAGAAAUGUGACUUAUGAUCAUGUCAUUGUCGGCGGAGGCACUGCAGGCUUGGCCGUGGCAUGCCGCCUCGCUGUCGAUGGCACGAAGAGUGUGGCGGUCGUAGAAGCCGGAGGGCUCCCUCAGCUCAACGAUGGCAACACCUGGGUCAUUGCGGCCUACUAUCCUUUGUAUGGCGCGAUCACGGAGGAGUCGGUCCUUGGAUUCGAUUCCCUUUGA